AUGCACGGUCGGCCGCGAGUGACGGUGAAGGCGGAGGGCAGCGCCGCGGGCCAGCAGAAGGCGGCGGAGUCGAACAAGAAGGCGCUUCGGCUGCGCGCCUUGCAGGAGAAGGUGCUGACGUGGCACCAGCAGAACGUCUUUUCACCAGAAGCACUGGCUGCCAGCGCUGCACUGCUGGAGCAGAACCCCGACGUGUACGUGACGUGGAACUACCGCAAGAAGGCCUUUGUGCACCGAUGCGGCGCUCUGGAGGCAGGAAAGGAUGGGAGCAGGGAGAGGAAAGCGGUGCAGAGGGGUGCGGAGGUGAAAGAGGGGGAGAAGGAGGCGCAGGGGAAAGAGGGACAGGGGAAAGAGGGGCAUGGGGAGGGGUGGAAAGAGGUGGAGGGAGAGGGGGGAUUAGGGGAGGGAAAGGUUGGGACGGUUGGGGCAAUGGGGGAGGUGGUGAGUGCGGGAGGGAGGGAUGGCAGUGGGGAGGAGAGUGCAGUGGGGGGAGAGAACGAUGGGAAGCAGGGAGAGGAUCAGGAGAGGCUGCAACGGGAGAAAGAGGAGAGGGUGAGAAGGGAAGAGGAGAAGGCGAGAGAAGAGGAGAGGAAGAUAGAGGAAGCAAAAGGAAAAUUGGCUGACGAAGAGCUGAAACUGAUAGAAGCAGCGCUACAGGCCAACCCCAAGUGCUACGGCGCCUGGCACCACCGCAAGUGGCUCUUCGCCUUGUCCUCCUCCGAGCCUCUCCCUAGCCUCGGAGCCAGCCUCGGGCCGAGCCUGCAGCAGGUUCGGAUCAACCUGCGGACGGAGGCUCGGAUUGCUCGUGAGCAGAAGCUGCUGGGGAUGAUGCUGAGUGCAGAUGAUCGGAACUUCCAUGCCUGGGACUACUGGAGGUUCAUCUCGCAUGUGGCGCGCAUGUCACCAGCCAAGGACCUGGCGUUCACCAUGGAGCGAAUCAACGCCAACUUCAGCAACUACAGCGCGUGGCACAGCAGGAGCCUCCUCACUCUCCCGUUUCCCUUCUCGUUCUCCACCGCGCCCCACAGCAAGCUGCUACCAAAACUCCACUCGUGCCAGACACCCUCAGAGGCGGGAGGGUUGCCCCAGGCAGCAUUGGAAGAGGAGUGUGAGUUGGUCCGCCAGGCCUUCUUCACCGAGCCUGACGAUCAGAGUGGGUGGAUGUACCAGCACUGGCUGCUGCAGCAGAUCCUGCCGCCCCUGCCGCCCCGCCUCCUCACCUCCUGGCCUUCGCCUGGAAGCACUGUCUGCUUCUCCACACCUGAAAAUCCGCCUGAGAAAUCUCCUGGAGGCGACUCUGCAGCUGUGGGGGCCGUUUCUGAAGCUUCUGCCGGAGCUGCGGGCCAGGUUCGGAUGUCCGCGGUGCUGGUGUUCUCCGAACCUGUGGUGGGGGUGACAAGAGAGAGUGUGACUCUAACGGGGGCUGGAUUGGAGGUGGGUGAGUGGAGGGCUGUGGGGGGAGAAGAGGCGUGGCUAUCUUCCCGCGUGGGAGGGAAGCAGGCUGGCUAUGGGAGGGAAGCAGGCUGCAAUGUGGGGUCGGAGAGUGCAUCUGUAUGGACGGCGCAAGUCGUUUGCUCUGCGUCUCAUGACAUCAAUGCUGCUGCUACUGCUACUGCUACGGCUACUGAUGCUGCUGCUCCUGCUGCUCCUGCUGCUGCUGCUGCGGAUGGGAGGGAAUCAGGUGCAGGAGAGAGCGAGCAGUGGCGGGUGGACGUGGUCCAACGGGAGAUUGACAUGUGUCGCGAGCUCAUUGACCUGGAGCCAGACAGCAAGUGGGCUCUCCUCUCUCUCGCCCGCCUCCUCUCCACACGGCGCCAGCUCCACCACCUUUUGCCGAACCUACCCAUGCAGGUUCGGAAAGAUGCCGAGGCUCGCGAGGAGGUUCGGUCGUUGCUUCGGCGGCUGGUGGGAAUCGAUCCAUACCACAAGGAGUAUUACCGGGACCUGCUAGAAAAGUUGGAGGGGGAAGAGGUGAGGAGGGUGUGUGCAAGAAUGAGCAGGGUGUGUGUGUGGGAGGAGGGUGGAUGA